UCCAGAGGGCGGGAGGCUCCGAACUGUUUUGGUUGUCAGCGAGAAGAAAGGAGAAAUGAUGGAGAAUAUGAGUGCAGAGAACGUAGAGGAGGUGAGCGUGCUGGAGGCUCAGAUCGAGCGUCUCCAGGCUGAAGUUUCAGAGUUGCAGUGCCAACAGCAGGAAAACCACAAGGACAUAACGUUUAACCUCCGAGGACAAAUGCAGGAUGCCGUGUCGUAUCUGUGUGGACGGAGACGAGGAGGAGGGGAGGAGAAGGUGCUGUCCAAGCUGAAGGAGGAGGUGGAGGAGUUGGAGGAGGACCUGAAGCGGCAGACUCAGAUGAAUGGCAUCAGUCUGAACAGCUGCACCAAAAAGACUCUCCAAAGCAGUGGCAGUAAGCUGGUCCAGCAGUUCUGUUUAUCAGGUCACUGCUCUGAACUGGUCUUUCAGGUGGAGUUCCAGCUCUCGGAGGUCAAGGAGGGUCAGGGAUCUGAGAGGACAAUCAGCAAUCUGAAUGUGGUGAUGGACGCCGGUGACCUGCAGAACUUCAGCGGUUUCCUGUCUGGGGUGGAGGAGAACAGGGAUCUUCUGCUGUUCUUCAGGACUCUCCGGACUUUCACAGACAGAUGUGACGACCGGUCCAGAACCUACCAGCACUUCAAGGAGAAAUAUCCGUCUGUCGUCUCUCUGCCUGGAGGCUGCAGGUCAGAGGUCAUGACCCUGAAUCACCCUGAGCUUCCUGGGUAAAUACACUCACACAUAUGGAGCACAAUAAACUCUGAGCUGUGAAUGUCUGUGAAAUCACCUCUGUGUGUGUGUGU